UCAUGCAAGCCCUAUAUAUCCUUUAAAACCUCAACGAGAACACCCGCACCGCCUUCAACUAAAACAAUCUCUAAUCUUUAUCCAUUGUUUCGUUCUUGUCAGUGAAAUCAUUAAGGAUGGGUAACAGUUUAGGGGGCAAGAAAACGACCAAAGUCAUGAAAAUAGAUGGCGAGACUUUGAAACUGAAAACUCCAGUGACGGCGGAGGAGGUCCUCAAAGACUUUCCCGGCCACGUUUUGUUAGAGUCCGAAUCCGUCAAGCACUACGGUGCUAGAGCCAAACCACUUGAGGCGAAGCAGAGAUUGGAGGCGAAGCGGCUGUAUUUCGUGGUGGAGCCGGUGAAGGAGUGUCCACCGAGAAGGGUUAGGUCGGGAAUUCACAUGAGUGCGAAGGAUAGGCUUGAGAACCUCAUGCUUGCACGGAGAUCUUCUUCGGAUCUCUCCAUACUCAAGCCAGCAGGGAGAUGGAUGACGAAGGAGGAGGAGGAGAAAGAAGGAGGAGCCGUGAGGGUGAAGCUGAGGAUUCCUAAGGCGGAGCUGGAGAGACUCGUUAAGGAAGGAGCUACAGAGGCGGAAGCCACCAAGAAGAUUGCCGCUCUCUAUAUGGCCAAACAGAAUCACGAGGAAGUACGUAAGAACACGCUCCAACGUGGUGAUGGAGGAGACGAGCCUGCAGCUUCCACAGCCGCCGCCACAAGAGGAGUCAAGUCUUGUCUGAAACGAGUGAGUUUCAUGGCGGAAAGAGGAGGAAACGUGAUCACCGUUGCUUGAUGUUGAACCAAUAAAUACAACAUAUUAUGUAUACGAAUAGACUGCGUCCUAUCGCUUCUGCAUUCCUUUGUAGAUAAAAAGCAGAGAGUUUGUGAGAAUGAGAGAGAGCUAGUGAGUUAUAUUCAUCCAUGUCUCCACUCUGUAGCUAGACUAUAUAUUUAUUUCUUAUUAGAAAAGAAAAAAACAGUUUUUUUUUGUAGUCAAAUUCAUCAAUGUCUCUCACCUUGUUUUUAUUAUAUGUUUCUCGGGAAAUAAAAAAGUU